UGCCGUCUAACGGAAUCGUGCAGAACUACAGUAUAUCCCCAUUAAAUCACAACGUGUGCAGCAGAGGGAAAGAUUGCCGUCUUCAAGUGCUGUGGGAAAAAUGUCAAGUGGCGUUCAAGUUCAGAUAGAUUUGAUGGAAAUUAUUUGUAUGCAGGCAAUUAGAGGACAUUUUGGUGAAUAAAGUACGACAUAAGGACGUUCCAGUGAAAUAAAAUGCUGUGUGAACGCGAUAAGUUUCGCCAAAUCGUACUGUUGGAGCUUCGCGGAGCUCCCCCGAACGCAUCGCCCCGAGCUAAAGUUGAACCUGUCAACAAACUCAACGUAGCUUAGCAUAGAAAAGCAGACCGUCGCGGUACUCUCGUGGCGUUCCCUCUUGGAAAGGUGACACGAACUUUUUCUUGGACUCUAGGCGUUAUGUCAGCCACGUCUCUGGAGAAGCCGUGGUCCGAGCUGACCGUGUCGGACGUGUAUGACAUCGCGGCGGUUCUGGCUCACGAGUUCCAGCGGACCAUCGAGCGCUUCGGCGGCGGCGAAGCCCUGGUCGGCCUGGCCCCAAAGGUGGUCCGAGUUCUGGAACUCCUGGAGUCGCUGGUGACGGAACGACGAGAAAAAGACGACGCCGACGGAGAGGAACUGCGGGAGGAGCUGCUGAGACUGCGGCGGGAGCGCAGCGACAGGAUGGAGCGCGAGACCAAGCACCGACAGGAGUCGGAGCAGGUGGAGGAUGCAUGGAGAGCCGAGGUAGACCGUCUCCACUCGCGGGUGGCUCAGCUGCGGGCCGAGAAUGAAAAGCUGCUGGCCGCCGGCCCCGGAACGCCUCUCGGCCCGCUUUCCUCCGCUGACCCGGACUUACUAGAGGAGGGACGGGGGCCGAGCGAGAAGGAAGAACGGCUGACGAGCGAGCUGAAGCGAUUGCUAGAGAGGCAGAGGGAGGAAAUCCACGCCAAAGACCAGCAGCUGACUCAAAAAAACCAAGACGUGGAGGCGCUUCAGAGACAGCAGAAGCGCCUGAUCCGGAUCAAUCAGGAUCUCCGUCAGAGGUUGUGCGCUGCGGCCGAAGUGGAGGCCGCGCUGCGGCGAGAGUCCGGGCGGCUCGGGCGGGAGCUGCGCGAGCUGGAACUGGAGCGGCUACUGGCCCGGACGGAAGCCCGGAACGAGACUUCCAUUUCCCCGCAGGUGCGCGAGUGUGUCGAGGCCAACUCUGUGUGGGCCGAGUGCGGAGGAGAUCCGUACUGCCUCCCUGGCGCCGCUGGACCGGACACACGAUUUGCAAUGGACACGCCCGAGGACGAAGAGGAAGCCGAGUCAGUAGCUCCUCACUUUAGCGUGCAGGAGCUGGGUGACGUCCUAGAGGAGCGAAACCAACUCAAGGCUCAAGUUUUUCUCCUGCAGGAAGAGCUAGCCUACUACCAAAGCGAGGACUCCUCGGAGGAUGACUGCCGCCUCCCUCUUGGCACUUCAACUUCAGCGCCCCCGCCACGCGAUGUCUCUUCUGAUCUCCCGGAAUCUGGAAUUGGUCGCCUGAUCUUCACCGCCAUCAUGCCCAUGGUGGCCGCCGGUUUAAUUGCGGAUGACCCCACCUUGCUGCCCAUCAGCCGCCUCGUUUCCCUAGUAUGACUUUUCAAAUUGAGCGGCCCUCCCGCUCCAAAUGGAUCGGACGUCCGUUGCCGUUAAUAGCAGCUGAUGAGUUAAAUUGUUCUGGUUGCCAAUAAGUGAGAAUGCGGCAAUACGUGUGCAGUUAGCUUACUUUGGUGGUAUUCAUAAAUUUCGAUACUCUAAUCAUAAAACUCUGUUUUGUAUAUUUGAAAAUGAAGCCAAACAAUAUACUGUAUCGGAUAAACUGAACAUUGUUCAAAUGUUAAAGCUGGCAAAUCUUUGACAUGAUGUGCCUCUUUUAAUACAUUUAAAAAGACUGGCAUAUUCGGUCAUGUUAUUCUGAUAUUGUUAUUAUGUUGGUUGGGAUUUUAUUGACUGGGGAUGUCCCGAUCACAUAUUUUUGCAUGUGAGUCUCGGUCACCUUAUUUGGAGGAUAUUUCAAUAUCGAGUUUUGAUCCGAUACCUCGAAAAUGUGAUAAGAAGGGGGAGAAAGCAUUUCAAUAUGUCAUUUUCCCCAACAAUUUG